AUGCUGGCCAACAGGGAAAUCGGUGGAUAUAUGCUGGGGGGUGUACCGUCACCUCGUAAGGUGAAAUCCAGGGUUUCCCGUUCGCGCCUGAUACGCGAGCACUACAUGUGUGCGAGCCCGAGCUAUCCCCGUCCAGGAGCCAGGGCUGGAUAUGAACAUAAGGAAAUUUUAUUGGAACACCCGUUUUCAAUUAUAAGCUGGCCAUUAAACAGUGUGCAAGAGUACGAAGACUAUAGCGACGAUCAGGAGAUCACCGAGUACCCAAACUCGAGUUCGUACUCGGACGAAAGCUCAUACGACGAAAGUUUCUCGUCCAGCGACGAAUUCUCAGACUGUUAG